GGUAAUGAAGGGGAUCCGGUAAGAAGGUUUUACACAUACGUUUACCGUACUUGAAUUUAGCAUUCUUGCAGAAGUUUUUUUAAUCUUGUGAACUCCUCCACUGCUCAUUCCAAAGGGGGAUAUUGGUUUCAGAGGAGCUCAUGGAACACCAGGCAGACCAGGCAAGAUGGGUAAAUCUGGGCCUUCUGGAAUAAGAGGAAACACUGGAGCAGGAGGUGUUAAGGGUAUAACAGGUCUAAAUGGAACACAUGGACCUCCUGGGCCUAUGGGGCCAAAGGGUUUUCCUGGACUAAGAGGAGAGAAAGGUGAAUCUGGAAACAUUGGCAAGAAGGGUCUUCCAGGUGACACUGGGAUGAUUGGAAUAAUUGGUCCUCCAGGGCUAAAGGGGAAUCCUGGUUUGCAGGGAUUAAAAGGUCAAAAAGGACAUAAAGGAAAAGAAGGGGACAGGGGUCCUCAUGGUCCACCAGGGCAAAGAGGCUCUCUUGGAGUAGCUGGCAACCAUGGAAAAAAGGGAAUGAAAGGUGUCCAUGGCAGGACAGGGCCAAAGGGAAUUAAGGGCAAGCGGGGACCUCCAGGACUACCAGGACUACCUGGCAAACUAAGGCUCCUACAAGGACGAGGAUUAAAAUCUGAGCCAGGACAAAGUUUAAGAAUUGAGCAAAGGUCCAAAACAACACCCAGUACAACGUAUAGUUUGAAAACUGGACCGAAUCCAGUCCAAUCUCCCAGCAUCAUGAAACAAAAGGAAGAACAGCUAAAGGGCAGACCGGCAUCCAAGAGAUGGUCUCAGGGUGAUGAAGCUGAGGAGUUCUUCAGCUGGCCCUUGGGAACUAAAGAUGAUCCCGGUACCACCUGCUAUGAACUGAUGCUUGUUCGUCCACAUUUGAGUGAUGGUUACUUUUACAUGGAUCCCAACCAAGGCUGUCCUUGUGAUGCUGUGAAGGUGUUCUGUAACUUCACAGCAGGAGGAGCCACCUGCAUAGAUCCUCUAUUAUCACAGAUUACAAUAAAGUGGGAGCCACAAAUGACAAAUUCAGUGAAGUCUGUGCAGUGGUUUACACAGCAACAUGGUGGACAAAAGAUUAAGUAUGCUGGUGUGGAUGUUGUCCAGCUGAGGUUUCUGCGGUUAGCCAGCCACACAUCUUUCCAGCACAUAACUGUCAGCUGCACAGCAAACCAGUCAAAAGCAGAUUUAGCUACUCAGAUUAUUCACUUACUGGGAGACUCUGGAACACAAAUUGAGUCGAACCUUGUUGCAGUGUCCAGGAAAGACCAUGAGGUGCACAUGUCUGUGAAGGUUCGCGGUAGCACAGAGUUACAUCGAGGUGAUAUGGAGUUACUUCCUGUCAGAGAUCUGGGUGUAGAGAUGAGCAGUACAACCUACUUCUCCUCUGAGAUCACAGUGGUUUUGGGAUCACUCUGCUUCUUGUGAUAAAAAGAGUGUGCAUGUGUGCGUGUUUGUACGUGUGUUUCCAGUGUGUAUUGAAAUUCUGUAAAUUGUUCCUUUAUGUAGGACGCAGGACUUUACUGUUUGAUGUCUGCAUGUCUUUAAAGUCGAAUAUGUCCUUUAGUUUAUUCUAUGCUGUUUUAUAUUUGUUGUAUAUUUAUUAAAUAACCUGUAAAAUUGCAGGAUUUUAAUGUAUGAAACAUUUAAUAGUACAGUACCAUGUCCCUAAAUUUGAUUUUGCUAAACAUUAGAUAACAGAACUUUACAUUUGCAGAUUUGGGGUGAUUCCUUCCCAUCAGUCCAGCUUGCUAGUGGCA